AUGAGCGUAGCAGACCCCGAAGCAACAUAUUCUGAUGAGACCAAUUACGUGCCCCAGCACGUCGAAGCUGCAGCACGUUUCGAGUCCAUUGAGCAGGUUCCAUCACAGCAAAAUUUACAGGAGGAACUUCAGAGCCUUAAGCAAGAUGUAGCAGUACAGGCUAACACUAUUGGUGAAUUGAAGAAGCAACUGAUAAGCAUAUCUACAGUGAAGGAUGAACAAGCCCUGUUAGCCAUCACUGGAAUAGCACACUUCCAAGUAUUUUACAACAUCUGCGACCUCGUCACAACUGUUCGAAUCAAGCAGUCUAGCAGGGACUUUUCCCUCAGCAACGAAGAUGCUGUGUUGCUUACGUUCUUUAAGCUGUACCAUAACGUCUCAUUUGCACUGCUUGGUGUGUUAUUUGGCAUCCACAGAACGACGGCAUCCAACAUUUUUAAGGAAAUAGUUCCAGUCCUGAGAACAGUGUUGCAACAUGCAGUAUUCUGGCCUAGGAAGGAAGCAGUUCUGCAGUGCUUGACAAAAUAUUUUGAUAAGUACCGUCAGACGCGUUUGGUUCUGGACUGUACCGAAAUAGAGAUUGAACAACCAAAAGAUCUAAAAUCUCGCAUCCUGACGUACAGUCAUUACAAGAAAAAAUACACUGCAAAAAUCCUAGUGAGUGAGACACCGGGUGGCCUAAUUAGCUACGUCAGCCAGGCCUAUGGAGGUAAAGCCUCAGACACGUACAUAACGCGUGAGAGCAAGAUCCUCGAGAAGUGCCUCCCGCAUAUCGACAAGGUGAUCUCUAUAAAGUUGUUGCUUCGUGACAAGAAUGAUGUACAGAACCUGCAGGCAGCUCAGCUGACUCAGCUGAAAGAUAAGGGGGGCCUGUUGUAUCCAUCAGGCUUUAUGCUUAGCUUUUCUCCGUUGGUCAUCAUGCCCGUAAACUGUUGUGUGCCACUGUGCACGCAGCAUGGCCGACUUGACAAGUCUGGACAAAAGGUGACCUACCACCGAUUUCCUAGAGAUCUCGAGCUCCGGAAGAAGUGGAUCGUUGCCAUCAGGCGCGACGAAGGGACAUUUUUUACCGUUUCCAAUGCCACGAAGGUGUGCUCUCAUCACUUCCUUGAAACGGACUUUCUUGCGAACGUGGCAAACGGCUACCGGCACCUACACCAUUGUGCUGUGCCGUCUAUUUUCCCGUUCUGCAAAACGAAGACAUCAAGAAAGCCACCUCGUGAAAGGGAACCACCACCAGCUACACACCGGAAGCGAAGACGGCAGGAUAUUACAGACGAGGAGAACCUUGUUGAAGAAAUUGCAGCACAGCGUGUUCAGGUACCUGAGCGGCAGUGUAAUGAGGAAUGUGACGUGCAAAGUGGUGGAGAACAAGCUGAUCCGAAUUGCAACGGUGAUGAUGAAAUGCCAGCCGAUGAAAACUUCACAGCAACAGUGGAUAGUAGUUGUGCAUGUGGUGAGGUUAUUGCUCAACUGAGACAAGAGCUUGCUGCAAGUAGAGCAUCAGAAAUGGCAACUAAAGUGGAACUUGAACGACUUCAAGAGCAGCUGAAAAGCCAAACCAGUGAAAUACACUUGCUUCGCUCUGAGCUUGCGAUAGCACAGGCUGAAAACCAAGAGCUCGAACAGGUGACACCCUUCGGAAUUGCCAAGUUUAAGAGCGACGACGACGACAUCCAGUUCUACACAGGCCUUCCAAGUUACGGCCACUUCUGUGCUCUUCUGAGUUUCCUUGAUCCAGGAGAAAAUGGAAAGAAUAUUAUAAGAAAUGAAGGUACCAGACGUAGUGAACAGAGUGGCCGUCCACAAAAGGUCAGCGUGGAAAACCAGCUCUUUCUAGUGCUCGUGAAGCUGCGGCUUGGUCUGUUUCACAAGCACCUUGGAACCCUGUUUGGCAUUUCUAUCAGCACAGUGUCAAGAAUAUUUUCAACAUGGAUAGAUUUUAUGUACUUGCAGCUGGCGCAAUUACCACUGUGGUUAUCACGAGAGGCUGUGGACGAAGCGAUGCCACCUGACUUUAGUGAGAAAUACCCUUCGACACGUGUCAUUCUGGACGCCACAGAAGUUAAAUGUGAUGUGCCAACCUCAUUUGUAACGCAGUCUGGCCUGUACUCUCACUACAAGUCAGCGCACACGUUCAAAGGACUUGUCGGUAUCGCCCCAAACGGACUGCUCACCUUUGUGUCCGAACUCUUUACAGGAUGCACCUCUGACAAGGAAUGCGUGAUAAAAAGUGGAUUCUUAGAACUGCCAUUCGAGCCAGGGGACUCCGUAAUGGCAGAUAAAGGAUUCAAGAUCGAUGACCUGCUCCAGAGCAAAGGUGUGGGACUCAACAUUCCACCUUUUCUCAGAAAAGACCAAUUCACCCCAGAAGAAGUGCAGGAAACACAGAAUAUUGCUGCACUUAGAAUACACGUAGAAAGAAGGAUUCAACGAAUUAAGGGAUUUCAUAUAUUUGAUCGCUCUAUUCCCAUAUCAUUAGCACCUUUGGCAAACCAGGUGUGGACUGUCUGUGCAAUACUUACAAACUUCCAGUCGCCACUUAUGAAAGACUGUUGUGACUAG